AUGAUAUGCGAGAUCUUCAACCUCACCAUCGAAGCGAUCUUUGAUCGCUGGGGUCACCUGGUAAACCAGCUGCAACACGAUGCAAUUCUAUCAAAGAUAGAUAUGUUCUGUCAGGCGAUUUAUGAGAAAGGUGCCCCGCUCAGGCGUUGUUGGGGCUUUAUCGACGGCACUAUUCGCGCGAUCUCGCGACCUAAGCGUCAUCAGAGAUUGUGGUACAAUGGUUGGAAGCGAAAGCACGCGUUGAAGUAUCAAGCGAUCGACACCCCCGAUGGGAUAAUUCGCAUGCUUUGGGGUCCCAUACUCGGGCGUCGCCACGAUGUCGCCAUGGUAGGGGAAAGUGGUCUGCUGCAAGAUCUGCAGCAGUGGUUCAACGACGCAGCAGGCACCCCUUACUACGUAUUCGGCGACCCUGCGUACAGCCUUUCGCCCUGGUUGCUGGCGCCGUACAAGGGGGUGUUGAACUCCCUCGAACAGGCCUUCAACACCGCAAUGAGCUCCGUCAGAGUCUCGGUUAAAUGGGGGUUCGGAAAAAUCGUGGCCCUCUGGCCGUACGUUGACUAUGCCAAGAAGCAGCAGGUGGCGCUCAGCGCUUGCGGGCUUGGUAAACAGUAUGCGGUCGCCGGCAUUCUGACGAAUUGUCAUUCGUCCUUCUACCGCAACAACACUUCUUUCUACUUCGGUGUAAAACCCCCGUCGCUUCGCAGCUACCUGAACGGCGAAGGGUAG